GGCGAGCUAACAACAACGGCAAACAAAACGCAAACGCAAUCGCGACGUGCUCAGAAUUUUGUUAUUGUUUUCGUUUUUCUCGUUCGCCGAGUUAGAACUUUAUGUGGAGCUCACCUGGGCGCCGUCGUUAGCGUCGCAACGCGGAAAAGGCGAGAGAGCGCAGCUGAAGAGAUACGAGAACACAAGGAGUCGCCGUAUGAGCGGGCGAGAGCGCGGGAGUGAGUGCGUAUGUGUAUGUGUGUAUGUGUGUGAGUGUGUGAGAGAUCAAGAUCUACUACAGACAGCAGCUAGCUGCAGCUUCUCGUAGCCUGGCUGCAGCAGUUACGAUUCGUGCGCGUCGCUUGCAACAUCAAAUUGUUUUUUCGGUUUCCGUUUCGGUUUCGAAUUGCUGUGUUUUGUUGUGUUGUGUUGUGCUGCGCGCGUGUGUGUGGGAAAAAAUGCAACAAAUAUGUGUGUCCAUUAGCUGGAAACGUUUUGGCGCUUGUAAUUGGCGGCAGCUGCUUUUGUUUAGCCUUUAAGAGCAACCAACAGUGAAACAGUGAACUACGGCGACAGCAGCAACAGCAACAACAACAACAACAACAACAACAGCAGCAGCUACAACAGCAGCAGCUGGAGGCAAAUGCAGUCAAGGUGCGCUUAAUUAACAUGCAACUGGCAACUGGCAAGCUACAACAACAAGUUAACGACAACAGCACGUCAAAGAGUGCAAUCGAAGAUAUCAAAAGAAACUAAAAUUGCCGGUAGACAGCAGCAACAACAAUAGCGACAGCAACAGCAACAGCAACAUCAACGUCGUCGCGCUGUCUAACAAAAGUUCACCAAUCAGUCAAAAGUAAAAGAUGAGUUGCCCAGCUGUGGUAAGGCCUUGCCCUGGAGCUGCUAAUUAAAGCGCACAAGAGCAACAAUUGCAACAUCGAUAGCAAUAGCAAAGACAAAAUCAGCGACAACAGCAACACCAACAACUGGCAACAGCAACAUCAACUGGCAACAGCAACAUGUCGCUCGUUUUGCGAAGUCAACGCGCCUUCAUUGAGGAAAAUGCUCGUCAAGUGCCGGGCAAUGGCACCCCCAGCUCCACGUUAACCCGCUCUGUGCGCAGCUGCAACUGCUGUCCGUAUGGAUACCACAUCGAUCUGGACUUUGUGCGCUACUGCGAGGCUCUGGCCAAUGCCAAGCCGAGCGAGGAGGAGUUGCAGCGACGUGAUCGUCGACGUUCGCGCAAAUCUAUGGAGUUUAUGCUUGGCUUUGAGAGUCUGUUUGGCAGCGAUUGGCAGGCGGAAAGUCGUGUGCAACCCAAGCUAACAGAGGCCGCACAUGAAAGCGAACCGGAUUCGCCACGCCCCGCUGCCGGGCAAUCGCCCUGCUAUCGGCCGCGCUCCUCGUCAGUGCCACGCUUCAGUUACAGCAACAGCCUCGCACCACGCGCUGAGUCGCCCUAUGGCACAGCCUCCUCCACCUGUUCCUCGCUGCGUGGCGGCAUCGAGAGCGAUGCGGGCAUCUACCAGCCGCCAAGGCAUCAGGGCAACCAUAUCUAUGGCCAUGCCCACCCGGCCGUCAGUCCGCCGGAAACGCGCGCCUUCCUCCACGAAGCGCUCGACGAGGUCUGCAGCGAUUUCGAGCGAACACUGGAGCGCGCCUCGACCAAGCGGCGUAAGGCAGGCGCCUAUAGCUAUACCAACGGCAGCGCCCACUCCAUGGAUCGCAACAACAACAGCCUGAGCCUCAGCCUGAGCCUCAACAACGGCUACGGCUCCAAGGAGGUCAAAGAGCGUCGGAUGGGCCAGAGCACAUGGGAUCGUUACUUUGAUGUCGCAGACUCCUGCAUGGCGGGCAAUCGCUCACCGCGGUCGAGCACACCGCGCCAUUUUCAGCGCUCGAACACGCUGCCCUUGCAGCAGCGACCUAGUCCCAGUCCCGCCGAGGUGCACUACGAGAGCUAUGUGCAGGCCACGGUGGCGGCCAAUGCCAAGUCGCCAGUGGAGCAGCUGGAGCAGGCCAAGGCGACGCCGCCACCACCGCCGCCACGGCGCCAUCAUUUGACAGCCACGCCCAAGGCGGAGCAGGCGAAUGGGCAUGACACUGCCAGCCCCCUGCAGUCGCCGGCCAGUUCGGAAGCUGGACAGACCACAGCAGAUGCACAGGCGCUGUGCCAGAUACGUGAGCAAAUGGCGCUCAGUCUCAAACGUCUCAAGGAUCUAGAGGAACAGGUUAAGGUCAUACCCGAUAUGGAGCUGGAACUCAGCUCUUUGCGUGCUGAGAAGCAGCGCCUGCAGCGCCGCAAUGAGGAGCUGUUGCGUGGUCAACGCCAGACGCCCUCCCCACCAAGUCCAGGCAUCAAGAACGCCUCGCCCGUCCAGUUUACGCCGCAGCGCAUCAGUCCUGUUUCGCUGGAGAGCCUGGGAGCGCGCAUGCGCAGCAGCUCCAUAUCGCCCAGCAUAAUAAGACGCGAUGUGGCCACACAGGCGGCCAGCAAAGUGACUGCCACACGCGAUGUGGCCGUGGGCUCCCAGCUGACCGUCCGGCAUGUGGGCACGCAGCAAGCCGAGGUGCUCUACUCGCAGCCGGAGCUGAAGCAGAAGAUUGAACAGGCGCUCAGCGAUUGCAGGCAGCAGCGGCUCAGGCAGCUGAUCUCGGUGGGCACUCAGAUGUAUGUGCCACAGCGGGAGCGGCGCGAGAUGGGAAAUCAAACGGUGCCGGAGCGACCGGUGCUCAAGCACAAUGUGAGCAUCAGUGCCAAGCCCACGACCAGGGAAAACUUCACCAACUGCCAGCCGGAUGUGCGCAGCGUGGGCAGCUCCGACCAUCGCAUCACGGAUGUGCUCUGCGAAAAGUGUGCCAUCGUUCGGCGCAGCGUCAGCGUCAGCUGUGGCACAGAGGAGCCGCUGGAGAAACCAAAGCCCGUGCCACUGCUGCCGGGGCGCAGCAACACCUUCAGCCUGGGCGAGCAUGAGCAGCUGGCGAUCAAGCGCAAGGCCAUUGCCUGCCAGACCCCAAUGAAAAUGGUGCACAGUGCGUCGAGCCAAACAACAACGACCACUGUGCGUUCUACGGGGGCUCAGGUGAGGCCGGAACAGCAACAGAUGGCAACACAGUGCGGGAACGUGGAAACGAUAAGCCGCCAAACGGAUACCAAUGGACUGCAGCGUCUUUCACGCAGCGCAACCAAGUCCGAGCAGCUGAUGGCGCCACAGACACGCCCAUCUACACGCCACGCAGGCAGUAACACCGAGCCGGCGCCAUUGCCUAAGCCAGAGCGGAGCACUACACACUCAGCUUGCAACACGGAUCAUGUGCACAAACGGGACGUUGGCUGCGGCGACAUUGUCAAGCCGCACAUCUCGAUUGCCUGUGCGGCCAAUUACUGUGAUUCCUGCAAAGAGGCUAUCCGCGUGCUGGCCAAGGAUUUUUCAAAGGCGGACAACAGCGAGCUGACGCCCGCUGCAACGACUGCUGCGGCUACUCCGGCGGCAGCUUCCACGCCUGCGCCCACGGUUAGGCGCUCUGCCUCGGCAGAUUCGCGCAUUCCGCGCCCUAAGCAUCUCACUAGUCCCAGUCCAGUACGCAGGCAGUUCCAGAGACAAAAUACUUAUACACUACCAACUGCCACAGGAACGCCAUCGACCAUAAAGAGCCCCAAGGCGGAAAGAAAAAUAUUUUUGAGCUCGCUGCAGGAAAAGCCGCCAAGUGCUGCGCACGACCUCUCGCCAGAGUCGCAGAGCUUUAUCAAACAGCCGUCCAGCAAAUCAACUGCAACGUCUCAGGAUUUGGAUCUAACCCAGCUUGGCGACGAUGAGUUGAUUGUGCGCGAGGAGAAACGGGUUAGCAUUAGCUGGUCCCGCGAUGCCUCGCCAGCGCCACUGAUGACCUCUUCGGCAACGACGACAAGCACCAAGUCCGCCUCGCCAGACCAAGCGUUAACCGUGUCCAGUGAUUCCAACGUGGAGCGCGAGAUAUCACAAGGUGCACGCAAAAAGUCGAGCACGCCGCUCAAGUCUAGUCAAAGCGAAGGCUCCCAGGUGACCGUCAUCGAGCGGCAGGCAGACGUGGAAGAAAGUCCAAAAGAGGAGCGUCCGCCCACCAAGGCACAGCUGCAUCAGCUGGCUCAGACACCGUCAGAGCCCAGAAAAAAAACGGAACUGCCCAAGGAGCUGAAGGAUGCACUUAAAGUCGUCAACGAUUCGCUGCUCAAGAAAUUGGGCUCCAGGCCCUUUACAUCGUUCAGCCUAAAGACGCCCAAGGCAACCAUUGGGGAGCACUGGUUCCGCAUCUCUAGCACCGCUACGUCCAAUCCGCAUGAGGUUGAGGAUUACUUGGACUACUUUGAAUCGCUGUCCGUGCCAGUUUUGGAGUAUUGUGUCAACCUCUUCGAUAGCAAUGGCAACACGGCCAUGCAUUAUGCUGUCUCGCAUGGUAACUUUGACGUCGUAUCCAUACUGCUGGAUUCCAAGGUUUGCAACGUAAACCAAAUGAAUAACGCUGGAUACACAUGCGUCAUGCUCGUUUCUUUGGCCAAGCUGAAGCAAGCGGCGCAUCGGACAGUCGUGGAGCGACUGUUUCAGAUGGCCGAUGUCAACAUACGAGCAAAAAAGCAUUGCCAGACCGCAUUGAUGCUCGCUGUGUCGCAUGGUAAUAGUGACAUGGUUGCCAUGCUGCUGGAUGCCGGCGCAGAUAUCAAUAUUCAGGAUGAGGAUGGUAGCACGGCGCUGAUGUGCGCCGCGGAGCAUGGACGUGUGGACAUUGUUAAGCACUUGUUGUCGCAACAGGAUUGCGAUUCACUGGUCCAGGACGUGGAUGGCAGCACGGCUUUCAAAAUCGCUUGGCAGGCCGGACAUCGCGACGUGGGUUUGCUGCUCUACGUGCAUGAGCAGAUGCUGCGCAGCAAGCUGCCCAAUCGAGGGGAGCCCAUACGAAAGUCCCUGCCCCUGCCCGCUCGCCCAAAGCCACCAAAGUGAAACGGUAGCGGAAGUUCGGGGGAAAGUCGCAGCUGCCGGGCAGCCAUUCUGUAUUAGCGGCCAAAAUGUCGAACAAACAUUAGUGGUAAGAUUUGAAUUAGCAUUUCGUAGCGCUGUCUAGGGAAAACAGCUUAAGCAUUCCAUAUCAGUCCAGCUAAACUAUAAAAAAACAAACAAACAAUUGUUAAUAUUUUAGCUAAUAGUUAACACAGAAAACAGAAGGCACAAGCAGUUUUUAAAUAUUAUUUUUAAAUUGUAUUUAAUUGAAUCUCUAUUUAAUUAUAAAGUCUAAACAGCUCACAACUUAACAAUUAACCUGUGCAAAAAUUAUAAGUAAUGCUUAGUUUCGUAAUUAUGCUACUAAAAUCCAAUGGAAAACUGACAAAACUUACAUUUAAUUAAUAGUAACAUACAUAUUUCUUUUAAGCCCGUAAGAAAUUAUUUACAUUAUCACUAAACAAAUACUGCACUAGCCUGUGCUACACGAGUAGCAGCCAUAUAGCAACCAUAUCAGCAAACGACAAUGCAAAAAACGACAA